CUGAUGUCCCUCUUUGCAGCUUCGCUUGCACUAUGCUGCUGUUACUGCCGCUGCUCCUGCUGCCCCUCGUCCAGGGGGAGGAUGAGGGAAGGGUUGCGCUGCAGGAGGAGGUCAAUGUACUGCUGUACGGGACUCUGCAACUGGGCCAGGCACUGUCCGACACCUACAGCUCCACCGCUAGCAAGCUCCAAAAGGUGAUGAGCCGGCACAACAGGCAGGAGAACAGUCUUCAGAUGCUGAGAGAGCAGAGCAGCAGAGCAAAGAGUGAAGAGGAAAGGCUCCGCAGAGAGGUGAACAGACUACAGCAAGAGGAGCAUGAGGUGCAGAUGUUCUCCAGAAGGAUAGAAAGGGAGCUAUGGGAGGUCCGACGAGGAUACAGAGAGCUCCAGAAGAAGGUGCAGCACCUGGAAGAGGAAGAGAGCAAGACAAAGGCCGAAGGGGCUGCAACACUGAAGACAAAGACUGAACGCCAGAACCUCAUUCUUCAGGUGGUGAUGGAAGUGGUGACCCAGCAGCAGGCACAAAUGGCCAAGCAAAGGCAGCAGCUUCACCACAUUCUCAGAAAGCCUCAUAUGGUUCUGCUUCUACCCCAGGUCUCCUCUGUACAUUGACGCUGACCCUCUCCAUCUAAGCCUGAUUUGCUCCAGAAUCCAAGCAAUUACUGUGGGCAGUGUGUAUGAAGAUUUACCUACAGUGCACGCACCAAAAAUGAGAUUAACCUCCAUGUUACUCUUUUUCAUACCCUGCAACGGUGGUCUUCAAACUUUACGGGGUCACAGAGAGCUACUGUAGACUGCAGGGGUACCCAACAUUGGACUCUGACCCAUAGGUUAAUAAUGACUGCCCUAGAUAUUCCUGAAACAAUGGCUAAAGUUGGGCACAUCAAUGUUUUCCAAUAUCUGUAACCUUAUUAUGAACUAAGAGGGGCCCAAACUUGAUAAUGGACAUCAAGGAGAUAAUGGAAGCUUCCAUAAAACACAGAAUAAAAUAAGCAUGUCAAUAA